AUGGCGAAAACCCAUCUUUCUUUCCAUUCCCAUUCUUCGUCGUCGCGACAUGACGAACUUUCACGCCACGUUAAGGUUUCAGUUUGGUGGGAUUUUGAGAACUGCUCUCCCCCUGCUAGUUUUAAUGCCUUUAAGAUUUCUGAUAUCAUCACUUCCGCUGUAAGGGCCAAUGGAAUUAAGGGCCCUGUUCAGAUUACGGCUUUCGGAGAUAUUUUCAAACUCUCAAGAACUAACCAGGAAGAGCUUUCUGCUACUGGGGUUAAUAUUUCUCUUGUUCCGAAUGGUGGAAAGAACAGUGCUGACAGAUCGCUUCUGGUUGAUCUUUUGUGUUGGGUUUCUCAGAAUCCUCCUCCAGCCCAUCUCUUUUUAAUCACUGGUGGCAGGGACUUUGCAAGUGUAUUGCAUAGGUUACGGAUGAACAACUACAAUGUACUGCUUGCUACUUCAGAAUCAGCUCCAAGUGUUCUUCGCAUUGCUGCUAGUAUUAUGUGGAAUUGGAAUGAGCUUCUCAAAGGAGAGAACCUGACUGGAAAGCACUAUAAUCAACCUCCUGAUGGUCCUUAUGGUUCUUGGUAUGGCCAUUACAGGGUGGCUCUUGAAGAUCCGUUUUUAGUUGAACAACCAGCGUGUACACGGACUGAAGAAUUGUCCGAGAGUUGUUCUGAGUCUGUGCCUCGGCCAGUUCCGGAGGCAGUCAUUAAGCAGAUAAGGCAGAUUCUUAACUCAUACCCAAAGGGAAUUUCCAUUAUAGACCUUCGUGCUGAGCUUAAAAAAAGCAAUGUUGGCCUUGAUAAAGACUUGUAUGGUUAUAAAAAGUUCUCCCGCUUUCUUUUAUCAAUGCCACACAUUUUGAAGCUUCAGCCAGAAGAUGAGCUCACUGUUUCUUCUAUGUCAAGUAGUGAUGACAGGACAGAAUAUGUUGUUUUAAAUGAAAAGUCCAGGUUGCAUCAUUCGCCUGAGGUUAAUGCUGGAGUUACUCCUGGAAAGAUACAACAAACCUCUCCAGAAAAUGGUAAUCUUGUUAAAGUAAAUGCAGGGAUGCUUCAAGAGGAAGCCCAACAGCCCCUUCCAGUUGAUCAGAAGAUUGCCAAAGCAUCUAAUGAUCAAAUUCCUGAGAGGAGUCUUCAGGAUCGUAUUCUGGAACAAGAUUCUGCAUCUGAUGGAAGCCUCAUAAAGAAAGUUUGUCAAAGAUGGUUUGGUGGUAGUGAUUUCAAUCGUGCGGGAAAAGGUCAUAACCUUCCAGGUAAACAAGGUGAUUCUGCAGAUAGCUCUGAGAAACAAAAUAACAGUACUCUGACCAAAUGCACUGGGGUUGGUUAUGAGAGGGAAGGAAUGAAGGAAGAGUUGGAGAAAAAGUCAUGUGAAGUUCCAUAUACAGUUAUCAGUUCUUCAUCAAGUAAUGACUCUACUGUUGACACUAAAGCAACUUAUGAAGCAAUUGAAAGCCACUCUGGAAAGAGGUCAGUUUUUUUUAACUGGAUUGCCGGCUAG